AUGUCUAAAGGAGCAGGGAAAGAACUCUCUGGGUUCUCAGCGGAGCUUAAGAGAGAACUGAAGAAUGGUUUCAAAGAAAUACAGGACACACUAGAACGAAACUAUCCUCAAGAGAUGAGAGAGAUGAAGGCUUCAAUGGAGCAUAUGAGCUACAGUUUUGACGAAAUGACUCGGAAAUUUAAUGAUCUCAUUAACGAGCAGAAACAACUUGUGUCCGAGAACGCCGAAUUACGCAAGGAAAACGAGCGUGUGAAAAAUGAGCUAAGCAUAAUCAAAACCAGACUCACAGAAUGUGAGCAGUAUUCUCGAAACCGUAAUGUAGAAAUAAAGGGUAUUCCUGAGGACACAAUGCAUGACAUAUCUUCAGUGCUUUCCAAAAUUGGAGAAGCCCUGGGUGAGCCCAUUAGCUCAGGUGAUAUCGACGUUUGUCACUCUGUCCCGGUACCAAAUUCGGCUGCCAAGAACAUCAUCGUACAGUUCCGGCACCGCAGUAAACGUGAUGCAGUCAUUGGAAAAGCACGCGACAAACGCAUUAACACAUCAGAUGUUGACCUAGCACCGAGGGCACUUAUCUUUGUGAACGAGCAACUUUGUUCAACUCUCAAAAAAGUGCUUGGUCUUGCCACAGCUAAAAAGAAGGAGUCCAAACUUGCUUAUGUGUGGGUACGAAAUGGCAAAGUGUUUAUCAGGAAAAGCGAGGGUAGCCCAGUGAUAGCUGUCUACAACGCUGAUGAUGUGAUAUAG